AUGCCUAAAAAGCAAGAAAAAUACUCCAGCAAAGAGGAAAAAGAGGAAGACGAUGAGAUAGCGUCUUAUGAUGAUGAAAUGGACGAUGAUUCGGAUGACAAUCAAGAUAGAGAAAUCGAAGUCAACAAGAAGCAUCUCCUUAACUAUGAAAGUGAUGAUAGUUCAAAUGGAAUGAUAGAUGAUUCUGAUGAUGAUUUAGAUAAAGGCCUUGCUAAGCAAAAAGAGGAGUUAAUUAUGAAUGAUACCUGGGGUAGUAAAAAGCGUAAUUUUUAUGGUAGAGACAAGAAACAAGAUGAUGCAAGUUCUAGUUCAGAUGAUGAAGAUGAGCGACUUGAAGCAUUGAGACUUUAAAAAGUUAGAGCAAAGAAACUUCAGUUACUUGCUAACUAAUAAGAAGAUUUUGAAUUGAAUGAUUAGAAGGAUUCGAAGAAACUAGGAAAUUAAUUGGCAUAAAGUUCUGAAGAUGAAGAUAGCAGUGAUGAUAGUGAAGUAGAAAGAGAGAACAGGAAAAAGGGGAAAAAAUUAGGAGAUAGAUUAUUUGCUGAUGAAGGUGAAUCUAAGUCUAGCAAAAAGUAACAAAAAGUUAGUGGUCAAAGCUUGAAGGAAUUGAUUAAGGAGAUUUAGAAUCCAAAGAUGAUCAAGACAAUUGUAGAAAAAGAAAAUCCUGAAUUAUUAGGACUUUUAGAGGAGUUCAAUUAUUCACUAUCAGAGAUAAACGAGAAAUUGAAACCUAUUCUUGAGAUUGCAAAGGAAUUUAAAACCGAGUAUAAAAACACUCUUACCUAUAUCGAAAUGAGGCACAACUUGUUACUUUCUUAUUGCACAUUUUUAAGUUUCUACUUGCUGCUUAAAGUAGACAGUAAACCAGUUUAAAAUCAUCCAGUUCUCUUUAAACUUACCCAUAUCAAAUCAUUACUUGAUAAUUUAGCGCCAGUUGAUGAGAAAUUAUAAAAGUAAAUAAAUAAAAUGCUAAAGAGAGCUAGGAAAUAAGAAAAAAAGAGAUUGAGUCAGCUGAAAUAGAAGUAAGCUUUGCCAGAUGAUGUAGAAGAGUAUGAUGAAGAGGAGGAUAAUGAAAGUGAAGAAAUUGAUAUGGAAGAGUAUGACGUUGAAGAGGAGUCAGAUCCUGAAAAUGAAGUUUAUGUCAAGAAAUCUAAAGCCAGAAAUUAAGAAGAGGAAGAGGACGAUGAAGAAGAUAUUGAGGAUGAUUACGAUGAAGAGAAUCUUGAAGAUAUGGACGAAGAAAUGGAAGAGGACAUUGAAGAUGAGUACGAUGAUGAACAAGAAUUGUUCGAGGAUGAUAAAUAAGGUGGUAGAGGUAUAAGCAUGAAUAUUUAAGAAAUAGAGAAACUAUACGAAAUCAAGAAUGGCAAAGCUGUAAUCAAGUCAGAUAACUCUAAAGAUUAAAAAAGAGAUAAGAAAGAUAAAGAUACAAAAAAAUCAAAGAAACAAUCACAAAAUGAUGACUAAUUAGAUGUACUAGAAAAUAAAAAAGACAAGAAAUCUAAGAGCAAGCCAGAAGAUUCAUAAGUUCUUAAAAAGAAGAAGAUCACCUUUAAUGACUUAUAGGUGACAAAAACAGCAGAAGAUGAUAUCGAGGGUGAUGAAGUAUAUGAAGCUUAGAAGUUAAAGCUCCGCGAGAAGAAAGCUUAAAAGAAGGAAAUGAAAAAAGAAUUGAAAGAGUAGGAAUUGCAGCAAGUUGGAAGAAUGGAGAAAGACAUUCAGAGAAAUAUAAACUACGACAUAAUGAAGGCAAAAGGUCUCACUCGUAAGAGAAAGAAGAUCGACCGUAACUCAAGAGUCAAGUUCAGAGAAAAGUACAGAAAAGCUUUAAUAAAGAGAGGCAGCAAGGUCUAGGAAUACAAGGAAGGACCAAGAGGCGUAUACAGCGGAGAAGGAACUGGUCUAAAAGCUGGACUUAUCAAGAGUACAUCAUUAUCAUGA